UUUGGCAACACUGGUCUGGCAUUUUACUUGCGGCUGUAUUCGUGUUUUUGUAGGCGAUUAGGCUAAAAGUUUUGCAGUAUAUUUGCAUGAACGCGUAAAUAUAAAUAAAUUGGAAAACAACAUAAAGCGAUUAUUUUAUCAAAAUGCCACGCUAUCGAGAAUGGGAUUUGGCCUGUAAGGUGUAUGUUGGCAACCUGGGAUCAUCAGCAUCAAAACACGACAUAGAAAAUGCGUUCAGUAAAUAUGGACCUUUACGAAAUGUGUGGGUAGCACGCAAUCCUCCAGGCUUCGCAUUCGUGGAAUUUGAAGAUCGACGUGAUGCAGAAGAUGCAACCCGAGCUCUUGACGGAACCCGCUGCUGUGGAACUCGAAUCCGAGUUGAAAUGUCUUCAGGCCGCUCUCGCGAUCGUGGGCGCCGUGGGGCUCCUGAAGGAAGCGGCGGUGGCCGUAGUGCUGGACGUUUCAGGAUAACCCCUUUGACAAGAACUACUUCUACAUCUACCUCCUCCUUCAACAACAUGAACAAGAACAACAACAGCAACAUCUUCACGAUUCAAAGCUACCUCUUCUCUACCAAUAUCUCCACAACCACAAUCACAUCCUCGAUCCGAUCAGCAGGGUUCUAAACUACAAGAUUUUCAACUGUAAACUGUAAUGUCACAUAACAAUCCUCGCUCGUCGAUCAAGUUCUUCAGAAGUAUCAACGUCAGCAACAACACGCCACACAUCUUUGAUACUAUUAUCAUAUUUUCCAAUCAACCGCAUAAUCACCAUGCUCUACUAGGCCUUUGAAUAACUUUCACAACUAUAAACGUAAUCUGUAUGCGUAAUUAAUCCAAAAUUUCUCUGGGUAAAUCUAGUAUUAUGAUAACGAAUAAUCAGAAAAUAUUCGUAAUAAUGUGAUAAAAACGAUAAUU